GGGUGUCGACCCCGGGCUGCUCGCGGAGUGCAGGAGGAUCGGCCUCACGUCGGCCGCGGCGAUUUCCUUGAAACCGGUGUAAUUACAUUUCUGACCGCCCAGCUCCCUGCGCGGAGCAGGAGCUGCAGGGGCAUUGUGGCAGGCCCCACGCAGUCCCCUGAAGCUCCUUUGCCUUUAAACCAGUUUUAAUACCCCUAAGCUAAUAAAGUGUUUUAAUAUGUACGUUGCCCAUAAACAUAGAAGUGAUUUCCAGUGCACCCACACAAUUCAGAUGGUCGUUCUCCAAGUGACUAUAUCCAUGUUUUAGCCUAUUUGUAAUAAUUAGGUGUGUGCCACUUAAAUGUUUGUAGCUCAGAGGAUGAGGUGGAUGUGCUCCUACAUGGCACUCCUGACCAGAAGCGGAAGCUGAUAAGGGAGUGCCUGACUGGCGAGAGUGAGUCUUCCAGUGAUGAUGAGUUCCAAAAGGAGAUGGAAGCAGAACUGAACACCACCAUGAAGACUAUGGAAGGCAAAUGGAAAUCACCUGAAAUGGGUACUUCCUCAAGUACUGGUCUGAGUGGAUCUGCCAGCACUUCAAAAUACUAUGAUGACAUUUACUUUGAUUCUGAUUCAGAGGAUGAAGAUAAAAAAGAUACACAGGAUAGCCGGAAAAACAGAAAACAUCAGCAACGUCGGAUUCUCUCCAAUGAUGAGCUGCUGUAUGACCCAGAAGAAGACAACAGAGACCAAGAGUGGGUAGACUCACAGAGGAGAGGGUACCGUAACCAGAGAAGAGCAGUGCCACAGCAGUGGCAGGCAAAACCUGCAGCUGUUCCAAAUAGUGAUGCUGUUCUGAACUGCCCUGCUUGCAUGACAACAUUGUGCCUGGACUGCCAGAGACAUGAAUCUUACAAAACACAGUACAGAGCAAUGUUUGUGAUGAACUGCGUUGUUAACAAAGAGGAAGUACUGAAAUACAGAAAGAAGGUUAAGAGAAGAAGUAAGAAAAUGAAGCACAGCAAAGAAAUUGUCUCUACACAAUCAAAUCAAGAAGAAGAGGAAAUAUAUCAUCCAGUAUUAUGUACUGAGUGCUCAACUGAAGUAGCAGUAAUGGAUAAAGAUGAAGUUUUUCACUUCUUCAAUGUUCUGGCCAGCCACUCCUAAUGUGCAAAUGCAGGGGGAAAAAAUCCUGUGCUGUUUUUAAGAGCAUGGGAAGUGUUAGAAAUGCAGGCACACUCACCUUUUUAAAAAUGCGGUCUUAUAAAUGUACAUUUUCAUCUGAGAACUUUAUAAUGGUUGGACUUUUUGCAAAGUUUAUAAAAGGCAUGCAGUUAACUGUGUGUAUAUGAAUGCAAUACUCUUCCCACCAUCAGGCGGUUGCAUCGUUGGGAAUUAAAUAUUUUGUAAAUACCAUGUAAGAUCUGUAUAUUACAGUCAUUCCCUGUAUAUAUACUAUCCAUUCCUUAUCUCAGAGUGUAUUAGAACAGCUUCUUGGAAUAAAUAUUUUAUAGUAACUGA